UCAAAAAUUAAACAAUUGCGUUUUUAUUUAAUUUAUUUCUUUAAUAAUCGGGGUAAAUAAUACCCUUCAUAAGCCUUCAGUGUAGUUUGUGAUAUUAGAUGGCAACGCUGUUCAGAAUAGUUGAAAGUGCAUCGACCAAUCAAAGGAAAGAACGUAUUCUAGGCGCGCAAGGCUGAGUACGCGAAACUCAUUUGCUACGCGUUCAUCUAGCACGUGCGACCACUGUUCUUCGCGCAGUGACCGUUGUGCGCGCGGCGUCUUUAGCUUCUCUACUCUCGUUCGGCACGCACACUCCAACGGUGUCCUUCUAUACAUCCACUAACGAGAAUCCUUUAAUAUCAAGUCGAUCGUCAUGGCGGAAGAGUAUCUUUAUGGAAUCACUCUCGAAGGACUUAAUUCUAGCGAGGUAUGGGAUCCAGAGCACAAGAACGACGACGCAGACGGCACAAACCAACAUUUUGGUGCCGAUCAGAAGCUGAUCAUAAAAAUGGCUCUUUUAGGUCCAGAGGCUAAACCUGGUGAACUGAAUGUACUACAAGUUGAAGCAAUGGGACUAAAAGGACCCAUCAAAACACCAAUUGCUUUAUUGGAGAUGGGGAAAACAGCACAGAUUAUUUUAGAUCUCAGUUUUCCUGAUCCUCCAGUCACAUUUACUUUGGUUAAAGGAAGUGGUCCUGUUCACAUAGUAGGACAUAAUCUACUUGGUACACAUAUGGAGGAGUUUGAUGAUAUGGAUGAUGAAAUGGAGGAAGAGAACAUCGAUGAUGAUGAUGAUGAUAAGGAGCCAGAAGAUGAGGAAGAUGAUGAAGAUGAACCCAAGAAGAAGAAUGCCAAAUUAACAACUGCAGCCAAAUACAAAAAUCAAGCUAAUAAGAACAAGAAAAAAUAAGCAUCAGCCUUAUUACUAUUGAAAUACAACAAACUUUUAAGUUAGGCUAAUAAGCGUAAGUCCAUCAUUAUCAUCCGCAUUUGUGCGAAUCUAGUAUCGUUUCACCAGAUUAUCAAACAAAAGACGUUGCCUUCCACGUUUCUACAACACAACUGGACCAAUAAAAUAUUAUAAGAUAUCACACUAUGUACUUUAUGAAAAAUAACGUUACAAUUUUUUAUUUCAUAAACAUGUUUGUGAACUCAUAUAACAUUUAUUGCGAAUAGAAAGUGGAAUUUUUUUUAAAUAACAUUAAAUAUUUUUUGAACAUCUAAUCAAAUAUUUUUUUUUUUUUUAAUUGCCUUAGAAGAGUGACCCUUAAAACGUAUUAAGAAAACUACGAGAUAUUAAGGAUACGAAUCAAAAAUUAUUUUUUUGACAAAAUUUUAUGAAAAUGAAAGUUCAGAGGGCAUUCUUCUGAGAGCCAACCGCAUAUAUUAUUAGUUUAUUUUAUCUCGUUACGAUGCUGUUAAAAGAAGAAAAAACAAAAAAAAUGAAAAAAUAAAAACAAAAAAAAUGAUUAAAACUAUCAAAAAAUUCAUAAGAUAAAAUACAAGAACACAUACGUUUUUUAAAAUGAAGUGUGAAAAGAAACAGACAUUUGGCCCAGUUGUUGUUAAUAAAAUUAGUGGAAAGCACGGGCGGACCUACAGUGAGGUAUAUUCGUAUUAUUUCCUUUUUUGUCUUCUCCGAUGCCGUGUUCACACAUCAACACUUCCAGUGAUGCGAAUAUACACUAUUCUAAUGUAGUCAUGUAAUCGCGAUUCACAAAAAAAUGAAUUACUAUGCUCUUUAAAGAAAAAAAAAAAAAAAAACAAAUUUCGAAGAUAACGUUCCAGUGUAAUUUAUUAUUUUCGUGUGUACAAGAUGGGGAAGGGUAAUAGUCACAGAACCCUUAUACUAGAAUGUUAUUAAUAAUUGUAAAGAGGGUAAAAAAAAUGAGAUCAGAAUUAAAGAAAAAAAAAAGAAAAAAAAAAAGAAGAAACAUAUUUACGCGUCAUCUUGACAUUCAUUCCAUUUGAUGAAAGAUAACAGAAGAGGAGGUUACACAGGUGUACUACACAAUGUGAUGCUCUUACAUCAGUGUUAUAUGCGAUAAUAGCAUAUAUAAAGCGUGUAUAAAACGCGCCCAUGCGAUUGAUAAGUAGUCUGUACACCUAUUUUGUACAUAUACGAUACAAUAAAAAAUUUCACAACUUUUAA